AUGGGCUCCUAUAAAAAGGGCAUUUCCUGCUUUGCACUGCAGACGAGACAGCGGAAAGCCUGCGAGCGAGCUCUGGCAUCUGAGAUCGUGCUGGACCUGCAUAUUCAGGACAAGGUUCCAACCCAUUUGAAGACAUGAGAAUCCACAGCCUCACCCUGCUGUCCUUCCUCCUCCUGGCUGCUCAGGCGCUCUUGGUGGGGGGCAAAAAGGAAGUAAAGAAUAGACGUGUCAGCAAAGCCGCCACAGAUAAAAUGCAUACUCUGGGCAAGGCCCACAUUGAGGAAAAAAGCCAGCCGCCCAAGCACCUGACCAAAGGCAAGUUUGUCACCCAAGACCAGGCCAGCUGCAGAUGGGUGGUGACUGAGAAGGAGGAGGGCGUGGUCCUGAAGGUCGAGUGCACCCGACAGGAUGAGACGUUUUCCUGCUUCUUUGCGGGCAAUCCGACCUCGUGCCUGGAGUCGACCCAAAAGAGCGUCUAUUGGAAACAAAUUGGCCGGAACCUGCGCUCUCAGAAGGUCAUCUGCGGGGACUCCAAGAGCAUCCUGAUGACCAGGGUGUGCAGAAAGAAGUUUCCGGAAUCUAAUCUCAAGCUGGUGAACUCCACUCUGAUUAGGAAGAAACCCAACCAGGAGUCAAUGGACCCCUCUCCCACAGAGCAGAGCACGGCCAAUGAGGCCUCCAUCACGGAGCCUAACAAAGUCAAAAAGUUUGCCCCCGAAGAGAAGGUCACGGUCAAAGACAAUGCCCUCUCUGGCCCAGCAGAGGCCAAGACCGUGGCCACCGACGAUCCCAAGUGUGUGGAGGACCCAGACAUGGUAAACCAGAGUAAAGUAGCACUGGAGUUCUGUGGGGAAUCCUGGAGUGCUCUCUGCAAAUUCUUCAUCACCCUGGUUCAGGGCAUUUCAUGCUAAUGAGGUGAAAAGGGAACAGAGUCCGUUAGACGGGGUCAUGUCAAAGCCCUUCAUUGUGCUAGAAAACCCUCCAAGUUCCCUGUAAGAUGGACGUUUGUGCUACGGGCACGUGGCAGAGUAUUUGAACAGAUUUUGUAAUUUUUGCUUUUGUGUUUUGGAAUUUCCUUUAUAUUCAUUCCCCUAGGUGUGAUUUUCAGAGGUCGUUUGCCUCAGUGUCUCCACGGCCCGCAAAACUGUGUGUAUCUGAGCAGUAACAACCAGUCUUUGGGCUGAAUGAGCCAGAGGGAUGAUUUCAGUGCGAAUCACUUUCUGCUGAAUUAACAAGAAUAAUAAAGCUCUGUGCAAUUUUCAUAAGUAUAUUCAA